AUGACUGACACCGACACCGAACAAUUCCGCUCGGAAUUGCUCGAAAAGAUUCAGAGCCUUGAAGCGAAACAAAACGAAAAUGUAGACAAAAUUUUGGAAAAACUGGAGUCGUUGGAGAAAACUACGGAUGUUAAUAACAAUUCCAUUGAAUUGAAGAAGUCGGAAAACAACUCCGGAAAAGGAUUCAUGCUGACUCAUGUCUUCAAGAAUAUCCCAGAAAUCGAAGAAAAUAAAGAUUACAAUUCUGACACCGAGGAAUAUUUCAAUGUUCCAUGGAAAUUCAGCAUCACCAAACAAGACAAAAGAAUCGGAUUUCUUCUUUUUUGCGAAAAAUCGAAAAGCACUGAAAAUUGGCUUAUCGAUACAGAGUACGAGCUGAAAUUCAGAAUUCCAUCUGGAAGAAGUGUUGAAAUUCGAAAAUUCGAGCGUCGCUUCGAAAAUUCUGUUGACGGAGGCUGGGGAAGUAAGGAGUGUAUGGAAUGGGAUCAGCUAGAGAAAGAAUUCAUUCAUGAUGGUUCUCUGAUUGUUGAAGUUUCUGUGAAAAUCAAGAAGAUGGAUGGAACCUAUCAGAAGACCUCGAAACGAAGCUUCAGUGAACCUAAAUUUUCGGAUGCUGUGUUGAUUUCUGGAGAUCAAAAGUUCUAUGUUCCGAAAUUGCAUUGCCUGGACAGUUUGAAGACUGUGAAGGAUAUUGAAUCGGUCCUGUUCUCGGAUAUCCUGCAAAUGGAUCCAGCGAUCGUCGCCGCCCUUUUCAGUAAAUGCAUUUUCUUCUACAAUAAAGAAAAAGAAGAACAGCAAAAGCAACAAGUAGCCUGA